GGAAUGGCCUCUCAAAUUCACCUGGACUCAUUGUUGCAGAAAUGCAACACUCUGAUUCACAUGAAGCAGCUUCAAGCUCAUCUCAUAACCACCGGUAAAUUCCAAUUUCACUCUUCCCGAACCAAGCUCCUCGAGCUCUGCGCCAUUUCCCCAGCCGGCGACCUUUCCUUUGCCGGAGAAAUUUUCCGGCGAAUCCAAACCCCCUCCACCAACGACUGGAACGCAGUUCUUCGAGGACUCGCCCAGAGCUCCCAACCGACGCAGGCCAUGUCAUGGUACCGCGCCAUGUCACGCAGUUCCCAAAAAGUGGACGCUUUGACAUGUUCCUUCGCACUCAAGGCCUGCGCGCGUGCCUUGGCUUUCUCCGAAGCCACCCAAAUACAUUCUCAGAUUCUGCGUUUUGGGUUCGAAGCUGAUGUCUUGUUGCUCACCACUUUGUUGGAUGUGUAUGCCAAAACUGGCUAUCUCGAUGCUGCACAGAAGGUGUUUGAUAAUAUGCGUAACCGAGAUAUUGCUUCGUGGAAUGCCAUGAUUUCUGGGUUGGCACAAGGGAGCCGACCCAAUGAGGCUAUAGCUUUAUUCAACAGAAUGAAGGAAGAGGGGUGGAGGCCCAAUGAAGUAACUGUUCUUGGUGCACUCUCUGCUUGUUCGCAAUUGGGUGCUUUGAAACAGGGUGAGAUUAUUCACGGCUAUGUUGUGGAUGAGAAGCUAGACACGAAUGUGAUUGUUUGUAAUUCGGUUAUUGAUAUGUAUGGCAAAUGUGGGUUUGUUGAUAAAGCUUAUUUGGCCUUUGCUAACAUGAGUUGCAAGAAGAGUCCUAUCACGUGGAAUAUUAUGAUUAUGGCGUUUGCGAUGAAUGGUGAUGGAUAUAAGGCGCUUGAGCUUUUGGAUCAAAUGGUUCUAGAUGGAGUGCAUCCGGAUGCUGUAUCGUAUCUUAGUGCAUUGUGUGCAUGCAACCAUGCUGGCUUAGUGGAAGAAGGAGUUAGAUUGUUUGAUAUAAUGAAGGGGUCUGGAGUGAAGCCUAAUGUGAAGCAUUAUGGGAGUGUGGUUGAUUUGUUGGGUCGAGCAGGAAGGUUAACAGAGGCGUAUGAUAUUGUAAACUCCAUGCCUGUGGUGCCUGAUGUGGUGCUCUGGCAGAGUUUGCUUGGGGCUAGCAAGACUUAUGGGAAUGUGGAAAUGGCAGAGAUGGCGUCAAGGAAGCUGGUGGAGAUGGGAUCUAACAAUUGUGGGGAUUUUGUCUUGUUAUCAAAUGUUUAUGCAGCCCAACAGAGAUGGCAUGAUGUAGGGAGGGUGAGGGAGGCCAUGAAAAAUAGGGAUGUGAGGAAGGUGCCAGGAUUUAGUUACACAGAAAUAGAUUGUAGGAUACACAAGUUUGUAAAUGGGGAUCAGAGUCACCCAAAUUCCAAAGAGAUUUAUGCAAAGUUGGAUGAGAUCAAGUUUAGGAUUAAAGCUUAUGGGUACACGGCAGAGACUAAUCUUGUGUUGCAUGAUAUAGGAGAGGAGGACAAGGAAAAUGCGCUUAAUUAUCACAGUGAGAAGUUGGCCGUGGCAUAUGGUUUAAUUAGUACAAGUGAUGGGACACCAAUUCAGGUUAUAAAAAACCUUAGAAUAUGUGUGGAUUGUCAUGCUGUGAUAAAAAUCAUAUCAAAUAUUUAUAUGAGAGAGAUCAUUGUGCGGGAUAGAGCCCGAUUUCACAGAUUUAAAGACGGUGUAUGCUCUUGCAGAGAUUAUUGGUAAAAUUAAAAGCAAAUGCUUAUUUAUGCACUUUCUUAAAGAAAACAGUCAAUUUCUCAGCAUACA